CUCAGUACAGCCCUGGAGCAAUUCCUGCAUCAUUACUCUCUGCAAACAAUGAGCUGUUUAUUUGAUUCAUCAGGUAGGCUGCAUACAUUCGUAAUUUGAGGAUACCAUUCUGUUCUUUAAGAGAUUGAACCCUGAGAAAAUGGUAUCUGAAAUAAACCUGGAAAUGGAAAAUAAGAAACCUUUCUUCAUUGAAGUUACUUCGUUGAAUGGAGUGAGUUUACCCAUCGAGAAUGAAAUACCAUCCCAUAACCAAGAAGUUGAAUCCAGCUCAACAGACCUGCCUGGUACUGCAGCUGAACUCAUAACUAUUGCUCCAGUUCCCAUAGGCAGCGAAUCAGAUCAAAAGAUUGACAAUGCUUCUUCGUGCACCAUACCUGAGACAAAAAUAGAUGUUCCUGAUAAGACCCAAGUUGAAGUUCCCUCCUUCUCAGACCAUAGUGAUAAUGUCUUAUUUAAUUAUCAUAACAAUGACUGUCCAACAAACUGCAGCAAAAAGAGUGGUGAAACUGAGAAUGCCUCUUGGACUUCCCCCCUGGGUGAUGACAUCAUUGAACCAGCUGUAGGAAAAGCAUUGGAUGAUACAAAUAUCAGCCAGUGCAAGAGGUCAGGGGAGAACCAAGAGAUGACACAAGAGCUGGCUGACAUUGAGGAGUCCUACUCUAGAAACUGUAGAAGUUGCUGUACAACAUUCGCCUGUGGCCUUCUCUCUGUGGGCUUGGUGAUCUUUUCACCACUAAUAGUUGCUGGGGUUUUUUUGUAUGAAAUUUUUGGUUGUGUGCGUAAAUGUAAGGAUCCCUGUCCUGCCUAACACACUGCUCCUUCUCACACCUACUCAAGAACUAGUUUUGCAACUUACUGGUUUGGCUGAAAAUGCUGAGUCCUUAUUUUAUCCUCUUCAUGGGUGGGAAUUUCCUUUUGUCAGGCGGGCGGGCUUGGGAACGGCUGCAAAACUGACCACCACCCGCAUUCGGUCCUGAACAUGUAUUUCAAGCUGGCUGGCCAAUUAACAGCAAGCCAGUGUGAAACACGCGCUGCAGCGCUCAGUGCUGCCGGGGUGGGGGCAGGAGGAGGGCAAGCGCAGAAGUCCGCACAUGCAUGCAGGUGUGUGCAAUGAAAGCCCUCUGAGACACAGAGCUGCCUCAGGGAGCUGAAGAUUUUAAAAAUCAGAAAUUAAAAACUAAGCAAUGUUAAAAUCAUGGCCCCUCUGUCACAUGAGCAGGGAUAUGUUAUAAAUGAAAUUAAAAAUUUUUAUUUAAUUUUUAAUUGCUGUCGGAACCUCAUCCAACCUGUGGAUGGGGUUUCCUAAAAAAUCCAAA